UGUGUGUGUGUGUGUGUUGGUCCGUCCCUGCAGCGGAGGAGAGAAGAGGAGGAAGAGGAGGACAGCGGAGCUGAAGGUCACAGCAGCAUCAUCAUCAUCGAUAUCAAUAUCUGAGGGAUUAUCGAUCAGCUGAUCGGAUCCAUCAGCUGCACGAGGACCGCGUGAGACAGGAGGAGGGAGACAGCUGCUGCAUCUCUGCCUGUCUCACUGCCGCCUGUCUGUCUGACUGAGUGUCCACCAGCAGCUCGUCCACCUGCCUGUCUCUCGCUACCUGUCUGUCUACCAUGGGGAACCGGGGUAUGGAGGACCUGAUCCCGCUGGUGAACCAGCUCCAGGACGCGUUCGGCUCCAUCGGUCAGAACUCGGACCUGGACCUGCCGCAGAUCGCGGUGGUGGGCGGGCAGAGCGCCGGGAAGAGCUCGGUGCUGGAGAACUUCGUGGGCAAAGACUUCCUCCCUCGGGGUUCAGGUAUAGUGACUCGGCGCCCUCUGGUGCUGCAGCUCAUCAACUGUCCAACAGAGUACGCGGAGUUCCUGCACUGUAAAGGGAAGAAGUUCACAGACUUUGAUGAAGUUCGUCAGGAGAUUGAAGCUGAAACUGAUCGAAUCACCGGACAGAACAAAGGGAUCAGCCCGGUGCCGAUCAACCUGAGGGUAUACUCCCCAAACGUGCUCAACCUGACUCUGGUGGAUCUUCCCGGGAUGACGAAGGUCCCGGUGGGCGACCAGCCGGCCGACAUCGAGCACCAGAUCAGAGAAAUGCUCAUGCAGUUCGUUACCAAGGACAACUGCCUCCUAUUGGCCGUCUCCCCCGCCAACUCUGACCUCGCCAACUCUGACGCUCUGAAGAUUGCCAAAGAGGUCGACCCGCAAGGUCUGAGGACCAUCGGUGUGAUCACCAAACUGGAUCUGAUGGACGAAGGAACUGACGCCAGAGACAUCCUUGAGAACAAGCUGCUGCCGCUGCGUAGAGGUUACAUCGGGGUGGUGAACCGCAGUCAGAAAGACAUCGACGGGAAGAAAGACAUCAACGCUGCCCUGCAGGCCGAGAGGAAGUUCUUCCUGUCGCACCCGUCGUACCGACACCUGGCUGACCGCAUGGGCACCGCCAUCCUGCAGAAAGUCCUCAACCAGCAACUGACCAACCACAUCCGGGACACAUUGCCGGGGUUACGCAGCAAACUGCAGAGCCAGCUGCUGUCCAUCGAGAAGGAGGUAGAGGAGUACAAGAACUUCAGACCGGACGACCCGGGACGCAAAACCAAGGCCCUGCUUCAGAUGGUGCAGCAGUUCGCGGUGGACUUUGAGAAGCGGAUCGAAGGAUCUGGAGAUCAGGUGGAAACCUACGAGCUGUCAGGAGGAGCGAAGAUCAACCGAAUCUUCCAUGAACGCUUCCCCUUCGAACUGGUCAAGUUGGAGAGCGACGAGAAAACUCUUCGUAAAGAAAUCAGCUACGCAAUCAAAAACAUCCACGGGAUCAGGACGGGUCUGUUUACUCCUGAUAUGGCGUUUGAGACGAUUGUGAAGCGUCUGAUCGCUCAGAUCAAAGAACCGUGUCAGAAAUGUGUCGACAUGGUGAUCAGUGAGCUCGUCAACACCGUCAGGCAGUGUACGCAGAAGCUGGCUCAGUAUCCGAUGCUCAGAGAGGAGAUGGAGCGAAUCGUCACUCAGCACAUCAGAGACAGAGAGAGUCGCACCAAGGAGCAGGUGAUGCUGCUCAUUGACAUUGAGUUGGCCUACAUGAACACAAACCAUGAAGACUUCAUCGGCUUUGCAAAUGCUCAGCAGAAGAGCAGUCAGAUGAGUAAGAAGAAAGCAGCAGGAAACCAGGAUGAGAUCAUGGUGAUCCGUAAAGGCUGGUUGACCAUCAACAACAUCAGCAUCAUGAAGGGCGGAGCUAAAGAGUACUGGUUCGUUCUGACUGCUGAGACCUUGUCCUGGUACAAAGACGACGAGGAAAAGGAGAAGAAGUACAUGCUACCUGUGGACAACCUGAAACUCAAAGACAUUGAGAAGAGCUUCAUGUCCAGCAAACACAUCUUUGCCCUGUUCAACACUGAGCACAGGAAUGUGUACAAAGACUACCGUCAGCUGGAGUUGGCCAGUGAGUCUCAGGAGGAGGUCGACAGCUGGAAGGCUUCUUUCCUACGAGCAGGAGUGUACCCUGAACGCACCGUGGAUAAAGAGAAGGUGGAGGUGGAGGAGGCGAGCGGAGACGGACACAUUCACAGUCUGGACCCUCAGCUGGAGCGACAGGUGGAGAUCGUCAGGAACCUGGUGGACUCAUACCUGUCCAUCAUCCACCGCACCGUCAGAGACCUGAUCCCCAAAACCAUCAUGCACCUGAUGGUCAACAACACGAAGGAGUUCAUCCACGCUGAACUGCUGGCUCAACUUUACUCCUGCGGAGACCAAAACACCCUGAUGGAGGAGUCCCAGGAACAGGCCCAGCACCGUGAUGAGAUGUUGAGGAUGUACCACGCUCUGCGCGAAGGCCUCCACAUCAUCGGUGACAUCAGCACUUCCACCAUCACCACGGCGAUGCCCCCCCCAGUGGACGACUCCUGGCUACAGGUGACGGGGAUGCCUUCAGGACGCAGGUCCCCCAUGUCCAGUCCGACCCCCCAGCGUCGAGCCCCUCCUGGACCUCCUCGUCCGGGCGGUCGCGCGGCUCCUGGACCACCGUCUCGUCCAGCAGUGUCACCUGACCCUGGACCCCCGCCCUCUGUCCCCUCCCGACCCAACAGAGCGCCCCCCCCAGGAGUCCCCAGAAUCUCUAUCAGUGACCAGUGAGGAGUUCACCAAUGUCGGAGGGCUCCUGCAUCUCCAUCCCGACCCUCCAGACCGGACUCUGAGUCCUCCCUCUGACACACACAAUAAACACAAUGAGGAGCACAAACACACAUCAGAACCAGAUCCUACUGGUUCCACCUGGUUCCACCUGGUUCUACUGGUUUAGGAUGGGCCCAACAGGUUCCAACCAUCCACAUAUAAAGAUGGCCACUGUCUCCACUCCCCCCCCACUGUACAAAAAUGAAGCUAAAAUGUUCUGGAUAUUCGGAGUUAGAGACUGCGCAUUAGUGAUCGGGUCGGGCGCCACGGGCGUAAACCGAUAUAUAACCUAAAGUUCGUGACCCUCUCUGCUGUGAUCAGCAUAUCACUUCCUGUUGAGAGUGGUUGUUGUAGCGUCCGCCUUUCAUUCAAACAUAUUUACACACUAUUCAGUUCUGCUAGUUACAUCACUUUAGCUUAGCAGUUAGUCUUCUUCUGACUCCUUUACUCAUAACAGAAUAAAUGGAGUUUUAUUUUAGGGUUUGAAUGCGAGACUAGAAUGUGAAGCUAACUCGUUAGUUCCAAUUGGGUUAUACCACGGGUUACUGGAUGCUUGUGUCUGCUGGUUCCAGCUGGUUUCUACUGGUCCCAGCUUGUUCCAGUUGGUUCUAACUGAUAGCAACCAGUUCUGACCACUUCCAGUUGGUUCUUCCUUGUUGAAACUGAAACCUGAAAUGUUUUGGUUUCUACUGGUUCCCAAUGGGUUCUACUGGUUCCCACCGGGUUCUACUGGUACAAACAGAGCAUUGUUCAUUGAUUGUUGUGACCUUUGACCCUCGAAUCCUCCUGCUUGUCUCUGUUGUUUUACAGUUUUUGUGUUUUCUCUUUCUUCAUGUUUGUUGUUUUUCCCAGUCGUCCCAGUAAAGGUAGCCCCGCCCACGGAGAGAGCCCCCAGUCAUCUAUCGAAGGUUAACUGAACCGAGUGUUUGUGUGUCUGCUGAUGCUGUGUUACUGUGAACCUUAUUAAUAAUAAUAAUGAUAUUGAUUAUCAGCACAUUAUAGCAAAUGAUCAGCUAUUGCAAUAUUGAGUGUCUGUCGUCCAGCUGUCUGUCUGCCCAGGAGAGUGAGACAACUGUCUGUCUGCCUGCGUCCUCACACUCACAUUAUGACGUACUGUAGACAGAGAUGGUGUUGAAGUGAAGACCUCUCACUCCUCUCUGGAGUUCAGCUAGCACUGCUAGCACCAGUGAACUAGCUGCAUCACCUCCUUUAUUUUUCUUCAUGAAGCUGAAGUUCUUAUUUAUGAUGAAAUGUUUCUUUACAGUGUAAAGUUUACUCAUUAUUUAUUGAUCUAUUUAUUUAUUUAUUAUCUGCGGUUCUUGUUAAAGUGACAUUAUUGAUGUUAGCUGUCAUCUUGUUAAGGAAAUGUUAGCAUUGGUUCUAACCCAUCCCAGCUGGUUCUAGGGGGUUUUAGCUGGUUCCGAUUUGGUUAUAACUUGUUCCAGCUGGGCUUAUUAGUUUAUUUAAGCUGGUUGGAACUGGUUCUGUCUGACUCUGACUGGUUCCAACUCACUCCCACUGGCUCCAACUAUUUCAAGCUGGCUCCUACUGGUUGUAAUUGGUUCUAACUGAUUCCAGCCGGAGUCAGGUGGUUCCAGUUGGUUCCAACUGGUUGUGAAACCAGUAAGCAGCAAACAGCCAUUAACAACCUUCUGUUCAUACUUAAUUUUUUGGGGCAUUUACCAAUAAUUUCUGUGUGAGUUUUCUGAAAAGAAUGUCAAUUGGAUUUAAUUGAUUAAUCAAAUUGAUUGGGAAAGUACCAACUGAACCGUGUCUCUGUUUCAUCUGGAAUUCAUUAAUUAAGUAUUUAGUCCACAAUCACAGAACGUUUUACAGGAAACUCACCAGGAAAUGAUCAGGAAAUGUAAAAUAAAGUGUUGUAACAAUAUAAAAUAUGAACACAAGCUGUAGAAAUGUAUUCAUUCCUCUGAUGUCUUUAUUGAAAUAUUGUAGGAAUGUUAAUUUAAAAUCCUGUUAAUGAUGAGUAGAUGAAUGGAUCCAGUGUUAACGCCCCACUGGACGACAGACGGAAGGAACCUGAACUCUAACUGCUGAUCUAUUUAUUCUGUGUACGUGUAUCAUGUUGUGGUGAUUCUGUUGAGUUAGUCGAGCUCUGAGCUGCAUUCAAUAACACCUGUUUCACUGUGUUAGCAGAGCGUCUGUGUCAGAUUAAUGUCAGCAUGAAUUUAAAGUUAUAUGAUUUUGAAUGUGCUUUAAUGAUUUAAUGUUGUUGCUCUGCAGCAGAGCGUUGAACGCAGCUCGGCCUCCCACACACACACACACCUGUGAUCGUGGAUAGUUCACACUGUAAUGGUAUUAAUAUUAAUGUUUACAGAAUAUAUGAAGAUAGGAAUUUACCAUAUAUAUGUGAGGAGCAUAUAUAUAGAUCUAAACACUGAAAUAUGCAGCGGCCCAGACUGUAGUGUAUGUGUGUGUGUGUGAGUGUGUGUGUGUGUGUGUUACAGUGUGUGUAUGUGUGUACUUUUGUUGUGUACCUUAGUGUCAUGUGAUCAGGGCCAACAGAGACGUGUUGAUGAAUAAAGUUUGUGUGAAUGAA